CUUUGGUGUUGCAAGCUGCAGUUGACUUCUCGCUACCACCACGAGGGCCACAACAGCACACCACACCACUCUCUCCGCCCCCAAAAUGGCAAAACUGCACCUCCUCCUCAUCCUUCUCACCCUUCUUUCCCUCACCACCGCCGAGAUCAAGACCGUAAAGAUAACUUCCGAUUCCCGCCCGACGAUCCUCUUCCGGAAAUUCGGCUUCACCCACACCGGCCACCUCUCAAUUUACGUCUCCGCCUCUGCCUCUGCCUCUGCCUCCGCCUCCGUCAACUCCUCUUUCUCCUCCAUCGACCCUUCGCGCCUCGCCUUCUUCCUCCUCUCCGAAGAGUCCGUCAUCCAAGUCCUCCUCGAACUUAUGCACAAUCCCAGCUUCUGCAUCAUCGAUUCCAAAUUCAUCAACCUCCUUUUCACUCUCCGCGACCUCUCACCAUCUCCUACCUCUUCCUUCAACCAAUCCUACCCCGUCACCUUCCCCAAUGAAUACUUCCUCUUCUUCGCCAAUUGCGUCCCUGAAUUACAAGUCACCAUGGACGUCCGUACAGAGCUCUACAAUCUCGAUUCCGGCGCCUCCAAGGACUAUCUCUCCGCCGGGUUGACUCAGCUCCCCUCUCUGUAUUUCCUUUUCUUCCUCAUAUACUCAUAUUUUCUCGGGUUUUGGUUAUACCACUGUUACCAUACCAGAAGAUCAGUACAUCGGAUCCAUUUGCUCAUGACCCUAUUGCUUCUAACGCAAACUCUGAAUUUAGUCAGCUUGGCCAAGUAUAAACACUAUGUAAAGGUCACAGGGACACCCCACGGGUGGAACAUAAUUUUCUACGCAUGUCAAUUCAUUAGGGUUCUACUUUUGUCUACGGUGAUUGUAUCAAUUGGUACCGGGUGGUCGUUUUUGGAACCCUCUAUGCAAGGAAAAGGUGGGAAGAAAGUGUUGAUGAUCGUAAUUCCGCUACAGGUUUUGGGCAAUGUGGCUUCCAUCGUCAUCGGAGAAACGGGUCCGUUUAGAGAAGAUUGGGUGACUUGGAAUCAGGUGUUUUUCUUGGUGGAUAUUGUGUGCAUUUGCACAAUUAUUUUCUCAAUUAGAUCAUCGUUGAGGGAGGCGUCGAAGAUGGAUGGGAAGGCCUCGAGAAAUUUGGGGAAGUUGUAUGUGUUUAAGAAAUUCUUUAUUGUGGUGAUUGGGUACUUAUUUUAUACAAGGAUUGUUGUGUUUGCCGUGAAGAUCAUCGCAGCAUAUAGGUAUCAGGGGGUGACCUAUGCAGCUGAGGAGACCGGAAGUCUUGCAUUUUAUAUGGUGAUGUUUUAUAUAUUCAGGCCGGUGGAAGAGAAUGAGUACUUUGCUCCUGACAAGGAGGCUGCAGAGAUAGCUCUCCGGGAUCCUCUGGUGAAUGCAUGAUCUGGUUGUUCUUCACAUUGCUGCUAAUCCUGUGUUUCAUGAGCGUAUUAAGCACAUCGGGUUCGAUUAUCAUCUCAUUAGAGACAAAAUUCAAAAAGGAAGCUGCCAAACAGCUCAUGUCCUCACACAGUUUUAGUUGAAAGAUAUUUUCAUUAAAUCCUUACCUUCUUAUGUUCUUAAUGCUCAUUUAUCCAAGAUGGGAAUAGUUAAUCUCUAUUCUCCAUCUUGCACCGGGUGGGUAUUGCAGCAUAUCAUAGCUGCAGAAUCAAGUUCAGUGAAGGAGAAGAUCAGCAGAGCAGCAGCAGAAGCAAAGGGAGAAGAAGCUGCAGCUGCAGCUGAUAAAAGUGGAAAUGGAUAACAUCAUUAGUUAGUUAGUUGGUUAGCUAAUAAUUUGUUAGAUAGUUAGCUAAUUUGUUUGUCUCUUGCUGAGUUGUAUUGCUGAACUGGAAGUAGCCACAUGAAGGCAUGUGAAGUCAUGUGCGUAAUUAGUUUGGUUGUUAAGGAUUAUAUAUAAAUACUGUGGUAUGUAAUGAGUACAUUUGAUUGAAUGAGAAGAAUGCAUAAAAAUUC